AUUUUUAUUUUUUGACCAAAAAAAACAGUGACUUAAUGUUUGUUGCAUUCUAACCUCGCCGUCAGCCUCCGCCAAAUCCCACCGGAGCCUCAAACUCAGCCGCACGCAUCACCACCACCACCGGUAUGUUGUUUCGUCUCUUCAAUUUCCCAUCUCAUUUUCUUCUUCCUCUCUUCAAAAAUUCAUUCUCCAAAACCAAAACAAUUCACAACACUAAAUUCAGGUUUUCAUCUUCCACAGCACUUGCACAAUCUUCUACCUCGGAAACCCAUUUCACAAAACCUUCAAAUUCUUCAUCUUUUCAUCCUAACACCUCCCAAAUCCUCCAAAAACUUCACCUUUAUCGAAACAACCCUUCUCUUGCACUAUCGCACUUCUCUGAACUCAAAAACCAACAUGGUUUCUCUCACAAUAUUCAAACCUAUGUUGCCAUCAUUAGAAUACUCUGUUACUGGAACUUGAAUAGAAGGUUGGAUUCUCUUUUCCGUGAUAUAAUAAUUUCUCAUUCUAAACAAAACCCAUUAUUUGAAAUUCAUGACUUGUUUGAGAAACUAUUGGAGGGUGUUAAUGUUAAGGAUAAAAAUCAUUACUUGCUUAGAGCUUUUGUUGGGUUUGUUAAAGCUUGUGUUGGUCUUAACAUGUUUGAUGAUGCUAUUGAUUUCAUGUUUAUGUUUCAAAUUAGGAGGUUUGGGAUUCUUCCAAAUAUUUUUGCCUGUAACUUUCUUAUUAACCGUUUGGUUAAAUGUGAUCAAGUAAAUAUGGCUUUCGAGAUUUUCGACCGAAUCAAGAGUCUGGGUUUGUGUCCUAACCAUCACACUUAUGCCAUUAUCAUUAAGGCGUUGGGUACGAAGGGCGGUGAUUUGAAACAGGCGUCUGGUGUGUUUGAUGAAAUGAAAGAAGCUGGGGUGACUCCGAAUUCGUAUUGCUAUGCAGCUUAUAUUGAGGGGUUGUGUAAUAAUCAUCAGUCUGAUUUGGGAUAUGAUUUGCUCCGAGCUCUUAGGGAGAAUAAUGCUCCUAUUGAUGUUUAUGCCUACACUGCAGUUAUUCGCGGGUUUUGUAAUGAAAUGAAAUUAGAUAAAGCCAUGCAAGUGUUUUACGACAUGGAAUGGCAGAGACUUGUUCCUGAUUGUCAUGUUUAUUCUUCGUUGAUUUGUGGAUAUUGUAAGACCCAUGAUCUGGUUAAAGCUUUAGACUUAUACGAGGACAUGAUUUUGAAGGGUAUAAAGACAAAUUGUGUGAUUGUUAGUUGUAUCCUUCAUUGCUUUGCUGAGAUGGGUGAGGAUUCGAGAGUUGUAGAUACAUUUAAGGAAGUAAAGCAAUCGGGUGUGUUUCUUGAUGGGGUAGCUUACAAUAUUGUAUUUGAUUCUUUGUUUAAAUUGGGUAAGAUGGAUGAAGUAGCAGGUAUGCUGGAGGAUUUGAAAUCUAUGCAUAUCGAUUUUGAUAUCAAACACUACACAACCUUUAUUAAAGGUUACUGUCUUCAAGGUAAACCCGAUAAAGCCUAUAUCAUUUUCAAAGAAAUGGAGGAAAAGGGAUUUAAACCUGAUGUUGUUGCUUAUAAUGUACUAGCUGCCGGUUUGUGUGGAAAUCGUCAUGUUAGUGAGGCAAUGGACCUUUUGAAUUAUAUGGAUAGUCAAGGUGUGAAGCCGAACUCUACUACACAUAAGAUUAUCAUUGAAGGAUUUUGUUCAGAAGGCAAGAUUGAAGAAGCUGAGGGAUAUUUUAACUCUAUGAAAGAUGAAAGUGUCGAAAUCUAUACUGCCAUGGUUAGCGGCUAUUGUGAAGCUGACCUUAUUGAAAAAUCAUAUGAACUUUUUCAUGAGCUGUCAAACCGAGGAGACACUGCACAAGAAAGUUCGUGUUUAAAGCAACUUAGCAAAGUAUUGUAUUCUAAAGUAUUAGCUGAAUUGUGCCAGAAAGGGAAUAUGCAACGUGCUCGCUCUUUGUUUGAUUUUUUCCUUGGGAGAGGAUUUACGCCAGACGUUGUGACUUACACAAUCAUGAUAAAAAGUUAUUGUACAAUGAAUUGCUUGCAAGAGGCUCAUGACCUAUUCCAGGAUAUGAAGAGCAGAGGAAUCAAACCUGAUGUAAUUACCUACACAGUUCUACUUGAUGGGAAAUCAAAACAAGCAAGAUCAAAAGAGCAUUUCUCUUCUCAACACGGAAAAGGAAAGGAUGCACCGUACGAUGUUUCGACUAUCUGGAGAGACAUGAAGGAUAGGGAAGUAAGUCCGGAUGUUGUUAUUUACACUGUUUUGAUUGAUGGACACAUAAAGGUCGAUAACUUUGAAGAUGCAAUUAGACUCUUCAAUGAAGUUAUGAAAAGAGGACUAGAACCAGAUAAUGUAACAUACACUGCUUUAUUUUCGGGCUUGUUAAACAGUGGGAACUCAGAGAUAGCAGUUACAUUGUAUAAUGAAAUGUCUUCCAAGGGAAUGACACCACCCUUGCAUAUAAACCAGCGAAUUUUGAAAGUUAGAAAGCUGCAGUUUCAAAGUAGUACCGGCGAAUUAUGAAAUUUAGAAAGCUGCAAUUUCAAAAGUAGUGAAUCAGUUUUGACUGUUGGUUCUUGGAGUUAUCCCAACGAGUUUGAAAUUCUAUCUGGUUGAUACCUAAAGGUGAAGCAUAAUCGCACGUGCUUUGGGUUAUUUUGCUAAAACUUCUUGUAUAGAUAUGAAAGGGAGUAGAGACACAGACCGAUUACUAGAAUGUCAUUGUAUGUAGCAUCAUUGCAGAUAUUAAUGCGGCAAAGAAGCUUGGAAGCUUGUAGUAAAUUUUUGGCCUGUCCAGAUUCCUUCCGUAUCUACUACAAUGGAAAUGCUUUUGAUGGAUGCUAAGGUAUGUAUUAUUUUUCUUUCUCCCCUCUUUUAUUCCCAUCAAUAUAAUAUUUUACGUUACUAUUUGUGUCGUGUUGGUGUAUGACACCGACACUACACUGACACAUGUAAUACAAUCACUUCUUUUUUUAUAUAAUUAUUAUCUGUAUCUACAUAUCAGUGUUAGGGUUGUUUUCGGUGUCUUUGGCAGUGCUUUAUGACCAAGAAUAUGAUUACCACAUCUUAACUACAACAUAAUAUAAAUUUAAUGACCUAGAACAAGAAGAGGCGUUUAUUUAGUAUUUUGGUAGUUUUAUGCUUUUUUUGCAGAGUCACAGAUAAGCAUCAAAAUUCAAAGGAUGCAGAUGGUGCUGCAUGUUUUAAGAGACGGCGGGUCCUGAUGGAAAAACACGCGAGUAGGAGUGAAAAUGAACCCUUACCUAAGCAAUGCCAUAAUAAUGCUAUGAAUAGACAUCAAAGCUCAAAAGAGGAUGCAGCUGAUGCACACAGGUUGCGAAGGAUGGUUAUGAUGCAAAAUUGUGCUUACAGUUUAAGGUGUAAAAGCGAAAAUCAAUAUGCUGCCAUGCAACUCUAUAAUGGUCCGAUUCGGCCUAUGACACUAUUCUAAAUGUCAUUGAUUAUAUUUUGUUAAAAUUCAUUAUCGCAAAGCUAAUUGUCUAUCUUCAUGCCAUUUUAGUGAUGUAAACCAACUUCUGACAGCAGAUUAAUCAAUACAUGGAUGCAGAUUUUGUUCUUUAUCA